GGUAAGCCGAAAGAAGGAUAGGCGAGCUGGGGUUUCCUCUUCUGUCCAGGGUUUGGGGUUUUUCGGAUCUCCGUUCUACUCCUCCUCCUCCUUUCUGAUGGCCAACGGGAGCGGUCGAUUGAAAGGGACGGUGAAGUGGUUCAACGGGGCGAAGGGGUUCGGCUUUAUCACGCCGGACGACGGGGGCGAGGACCUCUUCGUUCACCAGUCGUCGAUCAAGGCGGAGGGCUACCGGAGCCUCGCGGAGGGCGAGGCCGUGGAGUUCGCCAUCGCCGAGGGCGAAGACGGCCGCACCAAGGCAGUCGAUGUCACCGGCCCUGAUGGAUCCAGCGUCCAGGGCGGCGGCCGAAGGGAUGGAUUUGGAGGCGGAGGCGGCCGUGGUUAUGGAGGGGGGUACGAGUUUGACGGUGGCGCAGGCAGGAGCGGCGGAGUGAGAGGAGGGGGUUACGGCGGCGGCGGAGGUGGUGGCGCCUGCUAUAACUGCGGUGAGACUGGUCAUCUGGCUAGGGAUUGCUAUAAAGGCGGCGGCGGCGGCGGCGGCGGCGGAGGUGGUGCCGCCUGCUACAGCUGCGGUGAGACUGGUCACCUGGCUAGGGAUUGCUAUAGAGUCGGCGGCGGAGGUGGUGCCGCUUGCUUUAAAUGCGGUGAAACUGGUCACUUGGCUAGGGAUUGCUAUAGCGGCGGCGGCGGUGGAUCAUGCUACACCUGCGGCGAAAUGGGUCACUUCGCUAGGGAAUGCCCUAGCGCGAAGUGAGAUCUACCGUCUCCAAUCCUUCCUUCUCUUUUUGGAUCUUUUAUAUUUUUUUUAGCUCAGUUUUUUGGAUUGUUAAUGAGGGGUUUUAUCCUUUCUUUUUUUUCCCUCAAAAUGGAUUCUGGAAAUGGUCUUUGUUAUUUGUGGUCUGUUUCGGUUUUCCAAUAGAUUGUAGUUUUUGUUGGGGUCUUGUGUUGGGGUUUGGGGAGAACUAUACACUCUUUGAAUGUGUCUCUCUUACAGCCCCUUUUUCGAUAUACAUAUGCCUUCUGUUUAAUUGUUUGGUUCCAUUUGGUUU